AUGCAAAGGUGACUUUCAAAGUUUCUCAAACGUGUAUGGUUACCCGCGAAGUCCAUGCGGCGAGGAGAGAAGAGGGAAGAGUGCGAGGCACAAGAAUGUCCACAAGCAUGGCGAUUUUGCAGGGCCUUCAGACAUUUCUGCUCUCACAAACCUUCAUCACUAUCACUUUUCCAUUCGCGCUAGGCAAACUCCAAAGCAAUUAUUCUCUUCGCUUCUAUUCUCAUUCCGAUCUCUCUUGCACGUUCAAAACCACAGCUCCCUCGCGUUCAACUUUGAUCCAUGAUUUCUCUUCCACGCCGUUGGAAAAUGUCCGCACGUGUUUUUCUUGGCCGGUGACACCUAUUUGGCUGAGGUUCAUAUUCUCCGGAAAUGGGGAUUCCGGAAAAUAUUGUUGUUGGUUCUCAUGUUUGGGUUGGAGAUCCAGAAGUAAUUUGGAUUGCUGGCCAGGUACUGAGUAUCAAUGGAGAAGAUGCUGAAAUUCAGAUUAGUGAUGAGAGGAAGGUUGUUUCCCAUUUGUCAAAAUUAUAUCCAAAGGAUAUCGAUGCACCAGCUGAUGGAGUUGAUGACAUGACCAAGCUUGCUUAUUUGCAUGAGCCAGCUGUGCUGCAUAAUUUGGAAACUAGAUAUGCGAUGAAUGAAAUAUAUACUUAUACCGGAAAUAUUCUCAUUGCAAUCAAUCCCUUCCAAAGUCUUUCACAUCUCUAUGAUACUAAUGUGAUGCAAAGAUACAAGGGAUCAAUGGUUGGAGAUUUGAGCCCACAUGUUUUUGCUAUUGCUGAAGCAGCAUAUAGGGAAAUGAUGAAUGAGGUGAAAAGCAAUUCUAUUCUUGUUAGUGGUGAGAGUGGUGCUGGUAAGACAGAAACCACCAAAAUGCUUAUGCAGUACCUGGCAUAUUUAGGUGGUCACACUGCAUCAGAAGGCCGAACAGUUGAAAAACAAGUACUAGAGUCAAAUCCAGUUCUUGAAGCAUUUGGUAAUGCAAAAACUGUUAGAAAUGACAAUUCCAGCCGUUUUGGAAAAUUUGUUGAGAUCCAAUUUGAUAAGUUUGGACGAAUAUCUGGUGCAGCCAUUAGAACUUAUCUGCUUGAGAAAUCUCGUGUUUGCCAAAUCUCAGAUCCUGAGCGUAACUAUCACUGUUUUUACCUUCUCUGCGCUUCUCCUCCAGAGGAAAAGGAGAAAUAUAAGUUGGGAGAUCCUAAAUCAUUUCACUACCUUAACCAAUCCAAUUGCUACGAAUUAGUUGGUGUUAAUGCUGCUCAAGAAUAUCUUAGCACCAAGAGAGCCAUGGAUAUUGUGGGAAUCAGUCAGGACGAGCAGGAUGCUAUUUUCAGAGUUGUAGCUGGUAUUCUUCAUCUUGGAAAUAUUAACUUUUCAAAAUCAGAAGAAACUGAUUUUGCAGUUCUAGAAGAAGAAGAAUCCAAGUUUCAUCUACAAACAACAGCAGAACUUCUUAUGUGUGAUGUGCAUGCUUUGGAAGAUGCACUGUGUAAGCGUAUGAUGGUUACUCCAGAAGAAAUCAUCAAAAGAAGUCUUGACCCUCUGGGUGCCACAGUUAGCCGGGAUGGUUUAGCCAAAACCAUAUAUUCUCGUUUAUUUGACUGGUUAGUUCAAAAAAUUAAUAUCUCCAUUGGGCAGGAUCCUAGCUCAAAGUGUCUCAUUGGUGUUCUUGACAUAUAUGGCUUUGAAAGCUUCCAAACAAAUAGCUUUGAGCAGUUUUGUAUAAAUUUCACAAAUGAAAAGCUACAGCAACACUUCAACCAGCAUGUGUUUAAGAUGGAGCAGGAGGAAUAUACAAAAGAAGGGAUUGACUGGAGCUACUUAGAAUUUGUAGAUAAUCAAGAUGUACUGGAUCUCAUUGAAAAGAAACCUGGUGGAAUUAUUGCUCUGCUUGAUGAAGCUUGUAUGUUUCCUAAGUCAACUCAUGAAACAUUUUCACAGAAGCUUUAUCAGACAUUCAAAGAUCACAAACGCUUCAUUAAGCCAAAAUUGACACGUUCAGACUUCACUGUUUGUCAUUAUGCAGGAGAUGUUCAGUAUCAAUCUGAGCACUUUUUAGACAAAAACAAAGACUAUGUUGUUCCUGAACAUCAAGAGAUGCUAAGUGCUUCCAAAUGUUCAUUUGUAUCAGGUCUUUUCCCCCCACUUUCUGAGGAGUCAGCCAAAUCUUCUAAGUUUUCUUCCAUUGGUUCUCGUUUCAAGGUUUAUAAAAUAUGGUUCUUUAUAUUGUCAGUAUCUGAUAGGCCUUACCUCAAUCCAAAGGCCAGAAGGUUAAUACUCUUGUACUUAUUUGUACAGCUACAAUUACAACAAUUGAUGGAUACACUCAAUCUGACAGAGCCACACUAUAUUAGAUGCGUGAAGCCAAAUACACAACUAAAACCUUUCAUAUUUGAACAUAUGAACGUCAUCCAACAAUUACGAUCUGGUGGUGUUCUUGAAGCAGUAAGAAUUAAAUGCGCUGGAUUUCCCACUCACUGGACCUUUCAUGAUUUUAUUACUCGAUUAUGGAUUCUUGCUCCGGAGAUUCUUCGUGGGAACUUUGAUGAAAAAGAUUCGUGUAAAAAGAUUUUGGAGAAGAUUGGGCUGACAGGUUAUCAGAUAGGGGAAACAAAAAUAUUCUUAAGAGUUGGUCAGAUGUCUGAAUUGGAUGCUCGAAGGGCAUUCCUGCUUAGUAGUUCAGCUACUGUUAUUCAAAAGAAUGCUAAAACUCGUUGUAGUCGGAAAACAUAUAUUGAUUUGCGAAAGAGCUCUGUUUUCCUACAAUCCAUUUGCAGAGGAGAAUUGGCUCGAAGAUUGUAUUAUCACAUGAAAUAUAGGCAAGUUGCUGCAGUCAGAAUUCAAAAGCAGAUGCGACGAACACUAGCUAGGAAGCAGUAUGUUGAAAUAAAGUUCUGUGCAAAUGUGUUGCAGACAGGUUUUCGAGCAAUGGCUGCUUGUAAUCAAUUUAGAUAUAAAAAGCAAGCAUAUAGAAAGCAGACUAGUGCAUCAAUAACUAUUCAGUCCUAUUGGCGUCGACAUAAAGCUCUCGUUGACUAUCAGAACCUUAAGAAAGCACCAAUCAUUCAACAAAGCAGCAGCUCCUGUGAUACACAGGAAGAGAAGGUUUCAGAGACUCCUCUGCAAAAUGAAAGUCCUUCUAUGGAAGAAUCUUCAUAUCCCGUGCAUGAAGAAUCCUCAAAUCCUGUGCAAGAAGACGAAAGUAUUGAAGCUAUCAGGGAUUCUUCUAGUCCUCUCAAAGACACUGACAAGAUUGAGGUUCUUGCUGUAGAAAUAAAAAACUUAAAGGUCAAGUUGCAUGCAGAAAAACAAAGAGGUGAUGAAUAUGAAAGGAAAUAUGCAGAAGCUCAAGGAUCCAAUGAAGAGUUACGCAAAAUAUUAGCAGAAACUGAAAAAAGAGUACAUCAGAUUCAGGACACUUGGAACAGGAUGAUAUCUUCCAUGUCAAAUCAAGUUGCCGCCGAUCUGAAGACGAUCUUGAGUACUUCGUCAAGAUUGAGUUCAAAUUUUCGACCUAUAGCUAGGGUUGACGUUGCUUCUAGUAACUCUGAUACUUCGUCUACAGACUCUGAUUUCACAUUUCCAGCUACUGCUUCAAAUCCAGAACCUCACGAGUCAAAUUCUUUCCCGCUAGUAGUUCAGGAUGUCACUGCAGGGGAUGGAUCGGGUUAGUCCAACUUUCUCCACAAAUGUCAAUGAUCUGAAAGUGGAAAGGAGGGUUCAUUUGAUGAUUUCUUCUAGUAAAACUUGUUUUUUUAUAUCGUGCUUAAAUUUUAAUAUCCUCGGUGUCUCUGGGGAAACAAGGAGGAAAAAUAGAAAGAUAUGGAGGGUGGCAUCUGUUAGGAUUGUUCAUUCCUUCUGCCACAUACACUAAAACAUUUGUAGAUACACACAGUUCAUCCCAGGAUCUUGUAGAACAGUAAGGUAGAGAUAGCAAAAGUGUCAAUCUAUGAUGAACCCAUUUGACGAGU